AUGAACGCCAUGCACGGCGCACUAAUCUCUCUCUUGGUAGCUCCCAAAUCGAACCCUGAAUCUGUUGCGACGCAGCUUCAUGAGCAGUCACAGGAAUAUUCACCAAAUGGGCGAGGCUUGCUGGAGCGAGUUUUGAAGAGGGCCACAGUUGACAUUCUCAAGGGCGGCAUCCAGGAACCCUCAGAUCCCAAAUCCGCCUUUUCCAAUGCCCUCGCCAUCGUCGAUUGCGCCGUCGUGCUCAUGCGCAACGGUCAUGUCGAGGAGCGACUGCCCUGGACGCUGUUAGAGUUUGUGUUUAGCUCCUGUACGCGCGGACAACUUUCAAGCGGCAUCGGCGCUAUUCGGGAGCGGUUUGACUCGUAUCGAAGAGCAGCGACAACUGCAAUUACUCAUGUUUAUGUCAUCAAAGCGGCGAUGUCUUGCAUAAACCGGGAUCAACACGGCUCCGAUCCCCUACUCUCAGGGCGCUUGCGGCUCAUUCUGGCGGCUGCAUUGCCGGUUUGGCACCCAUCAGGUCUAAAUCGGAGAGGCCAUGUCUAUGAUGGUGGCAAAAUUGACUUGGGUAGUGAAAUGGAGAACACGAAGGAAUCUGAUUUUGACGCUGCAUUGUACAAAGCCUUCUGGGGUGUGCAGGAGUUCAUGCAGAAUCCGUCCUUGGCAGAGAAUGAAGACGUUUGGAACACUGCUCGAGUGGCCAUUGAAAGAAUUUUGGAUACAUUCGAAACGAUUAGUACCCUACGCAAUCCCAGUGUUGCUCCAGAAAGCCCAAGUCCUAAGUAUAUGGCGGCCCCAUCCCUUUUACAUCUUCAACUGGUUGAUGUGCGUGCAAGACGACAUGUUCUCAUUCAACUUGUAAUAUUUCUUCAUUACCUGGAGGUUAUCGGACAGACAGCCCCGUCAGAAAAAACCACGCCUUCAGCAUACAAGAAGCAUGGUUUUUGUAAAUCUUUAUUUGAAAGCGACGGUAAAGGCACAAUUAUUAAGGGAAGAGUGUACGCCCUUCUCGAUCGUGACUGUCCCGGCAAAUUUAAACGUUUUGUUGUGUCGCUUCUUCAACGAGAACGAAAAUGGAUUGAUUGGAAAAAGCGCACGGGAUACAAACAUUUAAACGCGCCACGAAGCGAAGCACCGAAAGAGUUUAAAAGAAGAAGGGUUCUUUCUCCAGUUCCAGACUCCUUAGCUCCGGACCAGUCGAAGCGCCGGCCUGACGGCCCCGAAGAAUGGGAGUUGAGGCAAGCGGCGUGGACGGUCCUACCGAAAUCCGAGCGGAUUGACCCGCUGCGGGAUCCUACUAGGCUGAAGGUUUCAUCUAUACAAGACUUGAAAACCCAACUACAAGAAGAUAUGGAAGAUCCAGAUAUCACAGACGAUUUGAAACGCAUCAAGAAUCCGAAGUUUGUGUGGCGUUCCCUGCGGUUGUUGUGUGAAGAAUCCAUAUCGACAUUAUUGCAAAUAACAGAGCCACUAUCGGAGCAUGGCGUCAAUCUCGAGCGGUGUCUUGCAGCGAAGGAUGUACCAGCGGCGGAUGAGGAAACGAAAGAGGCUCAGGAAGUGAAGCCGGAUGCGGAAUCUAAAAUAGUUGUAGAUACGAAAAUAGAGGCAGGGGCUAAGGCGAUGGAAGGAGUCGAAGCUAUGGGGGAAACCGAAAGCGCUACCAAAGAGGCUGCCAAACCUGAAAAGGCUGUAGAAGGCUUGGUGGCGAGCAAAGCACAUGCGGAUAUGCAGGCUAAGCCAAAGGAUGGAGCCCUGGUGGACAGCAAAAGAAACACGGUUGGCGAGGAUAAACAGGCUGAAAAUGCUCCGGAAGAAGAAGCGGACGCAGUAGGGCUGGAUAAAGCCGAUGGAGAUGCGAAAGUGGACAGAAAGGCUGAAGGUACCAAAGAAACUGACAUGGUUCGACAGAAUCAAACAGUUAUGAACGCCCAGACGAGCGAACCCGCAAAAGCGAUUGAAGAGGUCGAAUCUAAGCCUUAG